CAUGCGGUGAGCUUUAGGUCGGUCGCCAUAUGCAGGUCCUAAUGCUCCAUGUAGCGUCGAGUACGGACAAGCGGGACCACGGAAUCGUAUAUGUGGAAAGCUUGCUAUUCGCAAAAGUCGUUCAUUGGAUUUUCUAGCUGUGAUUACCACUCCGAAGACGUUCUAUAGUUCAUGUGUGAUUUGGAUUUUGGAGUACAUCGCCUCAUCCACAGCUAAUAAGUGUUGCUCGUAUCUACACUGAUUGUGUGCCGUGAUUGCCCAGGUGGACUCUAUUGGAUACCGUAGAUACACCUGCUUCAAUUACAUGUGCUUUAUCCUUCUAUUGUUUACAAUGUGUAUAUGAUGUGGCUCUAAGACAUUGUGGCAGCACGACAAACUCUGGCCUCAUGGGAGAUGCUGAGUCCCAGCGAGGAUGACAAGCAAAGUGUAUGAAUUUCUCAAUGACUCCGGCGGUAACAACUUCACGGAAUCUGCCCCACGACCCCCAGUCCCCGGGGAGGAGAAUGAGCUUCAGUCAAAUGGGGGUAUGUCCACACAAAGCUCAGGCUCCCACAAAAGUCAUUUGUCCAACAAGAGUAACAGGAGUCAGUCGUCCACUAAAAGUACCAAAAGUGCCGCCUCGAACAAAGGGGAGGUAAGCCAUUCCCCAGCUGCAACGCCACGAAAAUCAAACCUUGAGAAAUCAAGCUGUACCUCUUCACAAAAACUGGACCAUGAAGAGAUGGAAGCUCCGGAAUGGCUAUGAGCCAGAAGGUAGUGCUGCCAAUUCCCCUCCCUUUACCGAGAACAGCACCCCACCCCACCUGAAAUGGGCUGAGAACUUGAACCACCUCCUGAGUGACAGCGAUGGAGUCCAGCUCUUCAAAGAGUACCUGGAUAAGGAGGGUGGCGGUGCGCUGGAAGUUGACUUCUGGUUCGCUUGUCAGGGACUCAAGCGCAAGAGUGCGCAGAGCACCAAUAUCCCUUCUCUGGUCAAGGCCAUCUACAAGCAUUUCGUACGCAAUGAUGGCGUGAGGUGUUUAUUGAAAGAAACGAAACAAGAAAUUUCGGACAAAAUCAACAAGAAAAUGGCAGUGGAUCAGUAUAUUUAUGACACAGCUGCUACGGAAGUUGAAUCUUAUAUGAGAGAUGUGACAUAUCCCGCGUUCUUGAACUCUGAUUUUUAUGUGCAAUAUGUUCAGUCAUACGGUGAUAGUCCAAAGUCCAGUCACUCCAGCGGCUCUAACAGUGCCAGGCCAAUGUCCCAGCCUGGUCCGCUGCCAUCGUUACCUGAGGACAAGGAACUAGAUACAGAUUCCAGCAAAUUCACCUCUAUGGGGCCACCCUUGUUUCAUAAAGUUCUCUCACAUAAGUCCUACCGCAGUGAUUCAUCUGGUGCUAAGAGGACAGAAACGAUAUCAGGCCCUUCAUCUAAACAGCAGUACCCACUGUAUUGUAAUUCUCGCCAUUCGUCCUACCCAAACCAUGUGUCGUACGCACCUGCCUCGGCUCAAGACAGCGAACUGCAGUCGCUCUCAAGUGACGCCCUGACUGACGACACAAUGUCAGUCACUGACAGCAGCAUUGAUGCAUCUCACUACAAUGUAAAGCGUCAGCGUAAAGCUAUGAAGACCAUGGCACAGCAGAACCGAGAACCGAACCUCAUGCUUCAUUCACAGUUUAUCCCUCGGACAGAAAGGGCUCCCAAAGAUCGCAAUAUUGCUGAGACUGACCCUCAACAGUUCGCACAAAUGUUGAUCGAGAGGAUGCAGUGUGUCCUUGAAGAACAGGAGGCAGGGGCCAAGGUUGAUGAGAAGUUGAGGUGCUUGAGUGAGGCUGAUGAAACGGCGGGAACUUCAAUGAUGAAGAAUACGACCGCCACCUCCAUCAUUCCAAUGAUGUCCACGUCUGCUGUGGAGGAGGAGACGGCUGAGAGUAUAUUAGAUCAACACUGUUCUCGGAUUUGGGCAAACUCGAACCACCAUACGCCAAGCCGGUCACCAGGUAGACAUUCACCUCGGAACAAAUCGCCUGACAGGCUUCGGUUAAAUAAAACUCUACCCGCUGGUGGUGUGUCCGGGCAUCGUAGCCGGAAACGGGAAAAUCGUGACUUUGUUGCAUCAUGUGAUAGUGGCGUUGGCGAUGAGAGUUGUAACAAAGGAACACAUCGUCAUAUACAUCACCAUCACCAUCAUCACCAUCCUCCUCGGGAGUUACGGACCAGUAAACAACAAAUGGAGUAUGAGGCGCAGAAAUACAGUAUGGCAUGUAUAGGUAGUGAUUUCCCCAAUAACGGUUCUCGGAGCUUCACGGAGUUCCAUCAUCGUGAGAUAGAGACUCGCGGAAGGUCAUCCAAAAAGAGUUGUGCAACUAGAAAAGGCUCUGAUGCAAGUAGUCAUAUUGACAGUGGAAUAAGCAUGGUGUUUGAUAAGGAUUCCUUACUACGUAUGCCGAUAGUGACCGGACCUAACGCUGAAAAGGUUAUGCAGUGGAUGAUGGACUCUGAACGUCAGCAGGAACCUGGCAUCGCCACCUGGAGGUAGACAAGGGAUCAUCACACAAGAACGCAUCGUCAUCGCCUCAACCAAUCAGCUGGUGCCUCAUUGCAAACACACAAACAAAGUUCCAAGAAGGUUGGGCACGGAACAAGUCGGUCUGCUUCUGUUGAAAGAAGCUCUCUGCUGUCAUGGACUCCGAUUGGCCAGUCUGCACAGAUCUUGCCCAAUCAACCAUUUGCGCAGGACUCAUCCAUGCCACUUCCCCAACCCCCGAACCCAACUACUCAGCUGGAAGAGGCUCGUCGCCGGUUAGAGGACCAAUCACGGACAUCUGCCAUGGCAGGCAGUGGCAAACGCGCAGAGGGCACAGUUCGAUCUUCUUCUGCAGGCCCAGUCAAAUCAAAAUCUUUCGCUGGAGUCACGUCCCGAGACAAGAGCAAAGUUGUCGUAUCCCAGAGUGCAUCCCAGAUGCGCACUAUGCCUUCUGCCAAAACUGUUCCCAGUGACUUGGACAUCUCAGGAGGGAGCCAGACUUUCGAGAGACCAAAGACCUACAGGAAACCCCGCCUGCACCUAACACAAGUAUGAACACUAGUACCUCCGCAGCUUCUUCAUCCAGC